AUGUUGAAUCUUGACCCAGGAAAAAUCAUUCCUUCACAAAAAAACAUAGCUCAAUCAGCGCCUACUAUUUCUGCUCCCACUAUUUCAGUCGAAAACAUUCAGCCGCCAAAAGAAGACCCAAAACAACCAGUUAAAUCUAAUAGUACAGAUCUUUUCGAGCGCGCUGAAGAAGCAGGUAAAGAAAUUAAAACAUUUGUUAGAACCAAACAAGAAAUCGAAGCUACAUUUGGUCUAACAGAAACAUACGCUUAUAUUUAUAACAAAACAAACAAAAUUCUCAAAGUUACUGAUCUAAAUUCUCCAAGUACAUUUCAUGGUUUCCAAAUUAAAUCAAAUUCAGAUGAGUUUGUCAUAAUAAAUAACUCAAUUAUUUUAUUUUCUGCAUCAGAUGGCUUCAACCAAUGCAUAAUUAGCGAAGGAAACUUUACGAAAAUCCCUCAUGAACUAAAUAAUGCAAAACAAAUGAAAAUAGACCCAUUAUUUAACGAGCGUUUCUUCUUUUUGAAACAAAACAAAGAUCUUUACGUUGUUCAGCACACCGGUGAGUUAAUAUACGAAGAAAAGAAAUACAAACAGAACGUUUCGUGGUUUGAUCUAAGCAGAAAGUUUAUUUUAUUUUUAAUCGACGGAUAUUACGAAUUAUGGCGUAGAAACGAUACAGAAGAGACAUACAUCUGGAGAGAGAAGCAAACAGACGAUAAAAAGUAUUAUGUUGAUGAUAAUUUUCUCUUUGAAUAUACAAACAACACAGUUACAGCAUUCAAUGCAAACAAUCCUUCGGAGCCUUCUAUUGAACCAAGAUUUAACGUUUGGCACUUUUGGAAAGGAAAUUCUUCAGUUAUUGAAACAAAAGACGGCAUUGAACUGAAUAAUACUACUAUUAAACUCGACUACAAUAUAAUUGCAGCUGAUGCAAACCAAAAAUUCAACGUUGUUUUUGAUGAACAUUAUAAUCCAAACAUUACUCAACGAAAAUACAACGUUAAUACAGAUGAUAAUGUCUACGCUGAUGAGGCAUUCAUAUCUGCAUCAAAGGAUGUACAUAAAGAGGCUUCUAAACACGUACAAACUGUAA